UACUUUUUCUGUGGUUUUAACUAACCUACUUCUGUCUGUAUUGAAGUUGUACUUGUUUUAUAUACUAUUAAAAUAAUGGUUGUUAAUACAUUUUUUACUAAAUAAAGUGAUACAAUUAAGAGCACUGAAAUACAUGAAAGGUUAUUAACAAAGAAAUGGACGUCCAAAAUGUUAAACAAGAAAUAGAUAACCACGAUGAUUUCCUGUUAAAUAUCGAUAUAAAAAAAGACUUAAUUGACGAAGUAUCUACAAUAGAAAUUCAAUAUACAAAUGAACAAAUAAAUGGAAUUCAUUCAAUCAAACAAGAAAUCAACGAUGACUUAAAUACAAAUAAAAUAUUUGAUAAUAAUGAGGAUGUAACUAAUAAACGAAAAAGGAAAAUUUCGAGUACUCAAUUCAUACCAAACAAACCGGGAUAUUCGAAAGCAGCACAUAGAAAGGAAAUUAAAUCUAAAGUUGUAGGGUUGAUAAAAUAUGGAAAAUAUUUGCAGCCAAAUGCUAUGGGGUUAAUGAUAUGUGUAUAUUGUGGGAAUUUAUACACGAAACAAGUAGAAUUGUUAUGCCACAUAAAAAUCAAUCAUUCUAUAAAACUAAACAAUUUUUAUAAUAUGAAACUUCACCAUAAAAUUAGAAGUGGUACAUGUAUUAUGGAAAAUAUUGAUAUAAAAGAUGAAAUUGAAAUAAUUGAACAUGAAUUGAAAGUGGAGCUGCAGGAUACUACAAACCAGUUGGAUGUUACUGAUAAUUUAAAUUCAAGUCUACAUAAUGGUUCGAAAUCCAUUCAAAUCAAUUCAAAUGUGGAUUCACAUACUUACACAAGGACAAAACCAUUAAAAUGUGACAUUAAUAGGAAACUUUCCUCUUAUGAAAAUAAUUUGAAUAUACAUAUGAAUACUCACAUAGGAAAUAAGCCAUUCAAAUGUGACAUUUGUUUGAAAAAUUUUGCACGUAAGGGAAACUUGAAGUCACAUUUGCGUAGUCAUACAAGAGAAAAGCCCUUCAAAUGUGACAUUUGCUUAAAACCAUUUUUACAGAAACAUGUUUUGAAGACACAUUUGCUUAAUCAUACUGGAGAAAAACCAUUUAAGUGUGAUAUUUGUUUCAAAACGUUUUCAGAUAAGAAUAAUUUGAAGACACAUUUGCGUAGUCAUACAGGAGAAAAGCCAUUCAAAUGUGACAUUUGUUUAAAAACUUUUUCCCAUAAAGGUAACUUGAAGAAACAUUUGAGUAUCCAUACAGGAGAAAAGCCAUUCAAAUGUGAAUUUUGUUUCAAAACUUUUUCACAGUUAAUUGAGUUGAAGGCACAUUUUCGUAGUCAUACAGGAGAAAAACCAUUUCAGUGUGACAUUUGUUUAAAAAAUUUUUCACGUGAAGAAAACUUCAAGACACAUUUGCGUGGUCAUACGGGAGAAAAGCCAUUCAAAUGUGACAUUUGUUUGAAAAAUUUUGCACAUAAGGGAAAUUUGAAGUCACAUUUGCGUGGUCAUACAGGAGAAAAGCCAUUCAAAUGUGACAUUUGUUUGAAAAAUUUUGCACGUAAGGGAAACUUAAAGUCACAUUUGCGUAGUCAUACAGGAGAAAAGCCAUUCAAAUGUGACAUUUGCUUAAAAACUUUUUCACAGAAACAUGUUUUGAAGACACAUUUGCGUAAUCAUACUGGAGAAAAACCAUUUAAGUGUGACAAUUGUUUCAAAACGUUUUCAGAUAAGAAUAAUUUGAAGAAACAUUUGCGUAGUCAUACAGGAGAAAAAUCAUUUUAAUGUAGGCUGGCCAUAAAAACUUUGUUCAGAAACGGGACAGUAGAUUAUUUUUGCGGUUGAGGUGUAGGGUACAGGAAAGAACUCAAAUGUGCCGGAAAUUCCAACAUUUCUUUUGCAUUUAAAUUUCAAAGCCUCUAACACAUCAUCAUUUUUUGGAUGUUUAAUACAGGCCCAACCAAAAACUAAAUAAAAAUGUUUUGUAGUUCGGUAUGUUUAUACUAAACACUCAUUAUGUUUAUGAAAUUAUUGAAACAAAAUACAAAACAGGGAUUAACAAAACUUCAAAACAUCCUCCUACAAAAUAUUGUUUUCCUAAUAUAAAACAAAUUCACUUCAAUUAAAUAGUUUGCUCUAUCAACAUGUAUAACAGUGACAGUUCAAUCAACAUUUUCACUUGAGUGUCCUGUUUGUUGUGUAGUUUCUUUUUUUGUUCCAAAAGUGCUUCUGGGAACUGCUAAUUCUUUUCAAUACACUUUCGUUUUUUAUAGGCGUUUUGACAAAUUCACCACAAGAAGGAUCGAAAUUCACUCGGGUAACAAGGGACUUACCGUUUCGAUUUUUAGACGAGAUUUUUCAAAUGACCAAAUGUUAUUCAUCAGGAAAAAUACACGUUCAACUAGAGCUCAGUCAACACUGAGGUUAUUAUAACAAAAAAACGAGGUAUUACCUUACUUAUAAUUGGAAAAACUGACAAAAGUUACAUGAAUAUUUUAUAUAUGCAACGACCCGCCGAUAUAUUUUGCUUAGUACUUAAUAUCUACGCUCCGUGUAUGAUGAGGUCAUUGUUGCGUGGCGCCAUCUACAAACCACGGUCCACACCCAAACACCUCGGCCACUGCAAAAUAAUCUUAUUGAUAGGAUGGAAUCUGUUUUUCUUUCAACACACACGGUUUUCUAUUGAAAAAAAUUACUUGAUAUUUGUUAAAACCCCCCCUUUCCGCCAAGUGAGAUUUGGAAAGAUUUAACUUUUGUAGAAGAAGAGAUAUUUGAACCGCCCGCCGUCGUCUGGCCUGUAUUGCAGCAGCUUAUAAUUUAAUGGAAGAACCUCUUUCUCGUCGAUGGUGGCAGAGACAAUUGUUUUUACGGCGUUAUGAAUAUAGUGGCGAUCGAAUUAAUUCUAUACACUUGAUAACUGGUCCCGUUCGGAACAGUUUCAGUGCAGAUAUUAAGAACAAACCUUUAGUUAUAACUAUUAUUUUUAUACUCGUAGUUUAGUUUCUUUUGAAAAAGAUGUUUUAAUUUUAUAGUGAAAUAAAACAAAAUUGCAAAAUAAGGCUUUGUGUUUACACAUAAAGCACUUAGUACUAUCACAAAUCAGCCGUAUCUGAAUAAUAUUAAUAAGUAGUGUAAACCACUGUAUUAUCUUGAAUUAUGACAGAUUUCGUUAAUUCAAUUAUAUCAAAUAAAAAAAUGUAUAAUUACCCAUUAUUUGAAU